CUUGUGAGACCCUUUCCAGGUGCGCUCUUUUGCCGCUGCCCCCCCUCUCAAUGAACUGACUCUCCUGCUCCGCUCCGGGCCUGGGAAGAGCACAGGAGCAGAGAGGGCUCUGCAGCAGCUGUCUCUCUACUGCCCUUUGGAUUUUAAUCCCAGGACAUUUCUUGAGGAUACUGCAUGACUCUGCUCGGGCCCUGACUCUCCCCGGUCUCUCCUGUCCUUUGCUGUGUGCCCAGGUAGGAGGCUGGGAUUGCUUGGCCUCCUGAAGGAGGUUGAAGAGCCAUGCAGGCGCGUUACUCAGUAUCCAGCCCAAACUCCUUGGGUGUUGUGCCUUACCUUGGAGGGGAACAGAGCUAUUACAGGGCAGCUGCCGCUGCAGCCGCAGCUGGAGGUGGUUAUACCGGCAUGCCUGCCCCAAUGAGCAUGUACUCCCAUCCAGCUCACGAACAGUACCAGGCUGGCAUGGCCAGAGCCUAUGGGCCUUACACUCCUCAGCCUCAGCCCAAGGACAUGGUCAAGCCACCCUAUAGCUACAUUGCCCUGAUCACCAUGGCUAUCCAGAAUGCCCCAGACAAGAAGAUCACUCUGAACGGUAUAUACCAGUUUAUCAUGGAGAGGUUCCCCUUCUACAGGGAUAACAAGCAAGGCUGGCAGAACAGCAUUAGGCACAACUUGUCCCUUAAUGAGUGCUUUGUCAAGGUGCCAAGGGAUGACAAGAAGCCCGGAAAGGGAAGCUACUGGACUUUGGACCCAGACUCCUACAAUAUGUUUGAAAAUGGUAGCUUCUUGAGGAGAAGGCGCAGGUUCAAGAAGAAAGACGUGGUCAAGGAUGGAGUCAAAGACGAGAAGGACAGGCUGCUGAAGGAGCACCACGCUGCCCAGCCGCCCUCUGCCCAGUCUCAGCAACAUCAGCGCCAGCAGCAGUCAACCCAGUCUCAGGGAGAGCAGGAGAGCAGCUCCCAACCCGUCAGGAUCCAGGAUAUUAAGACAGAGAAUGGUACCUCUUCCCCUCCCCAAGCUAUGUCCCCUGCCUUAAACGCUGUGCCCAAGAUAGAAAGCCCCGACAGCAACAGCAGCAUGUCCACCGGCAGCCCACACAGCAUCCCGUCCAACAGGUCCAUGAGCUUGGAGAAUGCAGAGUCCCACCACCCACACCAGCACCACAGCCAGGGUUUCAGUGUGGAUAACAUCAUGACCUCCCUCCGGGGCUCCCCGCAGGCAUCGGGGGAGCUAGCAACCAGCCUGAUUGCCUCUUCCAGGACUGGAAUCACCCCAUCUCUGUCCCUAAACUACUCUCCAGGCCAGGGCUCAAUCUACAGCUCGCCUUGCAGCCAGGGCACCAGUGGGGCAGGUACUUACCAUUGUAAUAUGCAAGCCAUGAGUUUGUACUCUGGGGACAGGUCGGGUCACUUGACCCCAGCCAAUACACCCACAGCCACAACGGUGGAAGAGACCUUGCCUGAUUACUCUAUCACUACAACUACCACCUCUGCCCUGAGCCAUGGCAGCCUGAGCUCUGGCCAGGAACAUCCUCACCAAGGAAGGCUACCUUCUUGGUACUUGAACCAAGCGGGGGAUUUGGGCCACUUGGCUGGGGCUACCUACCCAGGACAGCAACAGAACUUCCACUCGGUGCGAGAGAUGUUUGAGUCCCAGAGAAUUGGCUUGAAUAAUUCCCCUGUGAAUGGUAAUAGCAGCUGUCAGAUGUCCUUCCCAUCCAGUCAGUCUUUGUACCGCACCUCUGGUGCAUUUGUCUAUGACUGCAGCAAGUUCUGACCAAAGAUCAAUCAAAACAAUUUAUAAAAAAAACUUUUAUUUUCCAAAAAAGGGGGAUCGCAAUGAAAGAAAAAAAUAUAUAUCUAUAUUCUCAGCCUUCAGAAAGCCAGAUCACCCCUAUAUUAGUUUUGUACAGAGGCACCAAAAAUGUAUGGUUUGUAAAAAGGACAGUGUUAAACCAGAAAAUAACACGUAAGUUCCUGUUGCUUUUGAGAAGUACUGUUUCUUUAAGGUAUUAUUUUCCAUAUGUUUAAGAGCAUAUAUAAGGCAAGCUUUUAUGAACUCGUUCUCAGAUGUAAAUUGCAAUAUAGUAAUUUAUUUUACUUGGAUUUUGUGGACCAGGCGCUAGGCAGUGCUGUCCUGCAGCUGAAGUUAAGUUCUUUGAACAUUACUACAGAGGGAUUUGUACACAACUAAUUUUUAUCAAUUAUUUUUUGUUUUGUUUUGUUUUCUGUUGAAAAUAUUAUGACGACAUAGUAUUGUUUGUUUCUUAAUAAAUUACCAUUCUAUUUGAA